CGGCUCGCCGGUCUCCAGCCAUGGCGGUCGCGGCGCUGCAGCUGAGGCGGAUCCUGUGCCCGGGGGCGCGCGGCCUGCGCACCUUCUCCUCGGCGGCCAGGCCGGCGGACCCGGGAGCCCGCCCGCGUCCAGCAUCCAGAAGUGAAAGGCCAAUGAGAAGAAAGGCACUACCUCCUAGGACAGAGAAGAUGGAUGUUGACCAGGACUGGCCCAGUGUUUACCCUGUUGCAACGCCAUUUAAACCCUCUGCUGUUCCUCUGCCUGUUCGAAUGGGGUAUCCAGUAAAGAAGGGCGUGCCCAUGGCAAAGGAGGGGAAUCUAGAGCUUUUAAAGAUCCCGAAUUUUCUGCAUUUGACUCCUGUGGCGAUUAAAAGGCACUGUGAAGCUCUCAAAGAUUUCUGCACUGAGUGGCCAGCUGCACUAGACAGUGACGAGAAGUGUGAAAAGCAUUUUCCAAUUGAGAUUGACACAGCGGAUUAUGUGUCGUCAGGACCGUCUAUUCGAAACCCCAAAGCACGAGUGGUAACAUUAAGGGUUAAACUUUCCAGUUUGAAUUUAGACAACCAUGCAAAGAAGAAACUUAUUAAACUUGUAGGAGAGAGGUAUUGCAAGACAACUGAUGUGCUCACUAUCACCACAGACAGAUGCCCUUUGAAGAGGCAGAACUAUGACUAUGCACUGUAUCUCCUCACCGUCCUGUACCACGAGUCUUGGAAAACUGAAGAAUGGGAAAAAAAUAAGACAGAGGAAGACAUGGAAGAGUAUGUGUGGGAAAACAGCUCCUCAGAGAAAAAUGUUCUCCAAACUCUGCUGCAGAUGAGAGCCUCUGAGAGCAGUGUGGCGGCGAGCAGGGAGGAGCUGCUGGGGAGCAAAGAGGUUGAGGAUUACCAGAGGUGUGUUGUUCGACUCAAGAAUGAGGGCGAGACCGAGGCGAGCCUCACGCAGUACAAAGAGUCUGUGAAGAGACUGUUGAAUCUGGCCUGAAGUUGGAACUAGAAGUCUGCUGUAUCACUUUUAUGAUGUGUUAGUCACCAGUUUGAUAUAAAUGGGAAAAUAUUUAAGAA